UGCAACCCGACCCGGAGAACAGCUUUUGCUCUCGAAAAACCUUAACCCUAAUGAUAAAGCACAAAGCACAGCAGCACCCCACCAUUUCAUUUCGAGAAAAAAAGCAGCAGAGGCCGCGGCUUUCACUUCCCUUCUCUCACCUCUUACAGAAGCCAGAAGUCAGUUUAGUAGCAAUGGCGUAUGCUGCGAUGAAGCCUACCAAGCCGGGUUUGGAGGAGCCCCAAGAGCAGAUUCACAAGAUCCGGAUCACUCUCUCCUCUAAGAAUGUGAAAAACCUAGAAAAAGUUUGUGCUGAUUUGGUUCGCGGUGCAAAGGAUAAGAGACUGAGGGUUAAGGGACCAGUAAGAAUGCCCACCAAGGUUCUUCACAUCACGACCAGGAAGUCUCCCUGUGGUGAAGGAACAAACACAUGGGAUCGGUUUGAGCUCCGUGUUCACAAGCGAGUUAUUGACCUAUUCAGCUCCCCUGACGUGGUAAAGCAGAUCACAUCUAUCACCAUUGAACCCGGUGUUGAGGUAGAAGUCACCAUUGCAGAUUCUUAAAUGUGCCUUACUUUUGCUUUUUGGCCUCACAAGGUUUUUAGUUUAUUUGAAAGAGACUUUUGAUUGAUGUGACCUUAUUUGCUUGGAUCAAUCUCAAGCUUGGAUGAAUGUUGUAGCGUUUCUAUAGUUGGUGUUUUUCCCAUAAUGGAAGUAAAAUUCUAAUCUGUUGGGUGGCUUUAUAGUUUCAUUCCUUUUUGUAACCUAAAGAUUAUGUUGCGAUAUUUUGAUUUUAUGCAUUAUUUGGCAUUAAGGAA